AUGUCCACUUCGAAUACUUCCAAUGCCGCCAUGGAUGACUUUCAAGAAGUCUCCAUGUCGCAACAUUUGUUCGAACAAGUCUCUUGUUGGACCAACCCAGACAUUACCGCGGACAAGAAAGUAGAAAAGGCAAAUCAUUUGAAGCAAUACGUCCAAGAAGUCGAUGGUUAUUUGAAUAUUUCCUCGGACCAUCCCUGCGAAGGACAAUGGCCAGUCUUGGAAUGGAACGAGCAUUUUCGAAAGGCUUAUACCAUAUUAUUGUGGGUUCGACCAGUAGUAGGACCUGUACUCUCCAAGGGAGAUCAAGAUGGAGAAACAAUCAUCGAUCGGACGGAUGACUCGCACAUUCAUCCACGAGUCUUGUAUCGGUUUGCCACUCAUCCGGGGGAUUCCGCAGCGCAGGGAGUUUGUGUGACGCUGGGCGAAUGGAGGUGCAUCAAUGUGGAUACGACUACCGCCAAUUGUGCCGAACCAUCUUCGAAACGAAGAGUCAUGACGCAUUUGACUGCUUAUUCUUUACCAAGUGUGGUUCCUGGCUCGGUGGAUGAAACCGAUGCGGAUAUGAUGGGAUCCUCCAUUGUCAUGGCACCCUUGGAGUUGUGGGACAAUGAGUGGUCCUUGAUUGGAAUUACUCAUGUCUUUCCUUACCUAAAAAGACCGCAUUGGACACUUUGUGUCAAUGGAAGAGUUUGUGGAUCCGGAGAACUCACAUAUCCCAUUUUGGAACGAACGCCCGUCAUGAAUUUCAAUACGUUACUAAAAGAUAUCUGUCAUGGGGGAGUCGAAUAUAUUGAAGACAAAAAGUCAGACGCCCAAAAAACGGCGAGUGAAUUGCAAAACCAAGUCUUUCCCAAGCACAAGUUGGAAUUUCAUUUGGCAUCCUAUUGCUUGGCCUGUGAUAGUUUUGGUCCCACCAUUCAAGCCAUCUUGGCGCAAGGAGGACCUACCAUGUCCAUUAUGAAUGGAGGACAUAUUCCACAGCUACCACCUCUGGCCAAUUGGACCAAGGGGUCUAGUUUGGAUGGUCCAAAUGUUGGUAUUCCGCUGGUCGUUCAUGGGCAAGCCAUUACGGUCCAGCAAUUGUCGGCUUCUUGCAUGUUGUGGGGAUCCGCCAUUGAUGCCCGUAUUUUGGGUCGCCAAUCGAAAAAUAGGGGUCAGAGGACGGCUUGUCGGAUGACAUUUCGUCGGGGAACCACGCACAGUGCACCACGAGUAGGAUUGAUUCAACCCACGCCGCCCAAUCCCAAUGGACCACGGAGUGUGACCGAAGUUGGGGCGGACGAAGAUCCCAUCUCGUUGACCCUGCUGGGCAUUUGUACGAUUCAUCAUAAUCUCAGCGACUAUUUGCUCAAGAGUCCCGAUGCCACCAAUGUCGAUACACAAAUGUUCAAUUGCACCAAACACUUUUCUCUGUUAUUGGAAGGACAAGCUUUGGACUGUCAAUUGAUUUUGCCAUUCUUUUUAGCACUGCCACCACCAGGAACGGCCAUGGAACUGCAAUUUGAAUUACUGACAAAUUCGCUUCGGCAUCUGUUUGAUCUAUAUACCAAUGAAGCGGAACUGGCAUGCCGAUUGAUUGACUUGUUGGCUGCAUCCGUGAAAUCCGGAGGAGGUCGAUGGGAAGAACAAUUGCUGCAAAAUGGUUCCCUCCAUGUCAUGGCUUGCGCUCUUCGACAAUCUUUGGUCCGAGCGGAAUACUUGCAAGUGGAUCAGUUUGAUACCUACAGUGACUUUGUGAAGGCUCAUGCUCAAAAUACCAAAAUGAAAACCAUCAUGAGCAGCAUGCCCGUGUCACCCAGCAUAAUUCCGAUUGGUGUUGCCAAAUCUAUGGCCAAUUUGAUUGCCUCGUGCUGUGGGCCACAGGCCAACUUUUUGGAAGACUUGGAUCCUUCGGAUCAAAUUCGAAGAACAUCGGAUUUGGCUCUGACGGCACUCUUUGGCAUUGGUUUGGAUUGGGAACUAUGGGGUCGUGAUUUGGAGGCUGCUACCGUUAUCUUGGAAGCAGUAGCCUCUCGAUAUGGGGGAUCCUGCGUGACUGCUGGUUAUAUUAUGCGAAGUCAAGUGUCGGUUCAAUUCUUUUUGGAUACACUCAAGUACCCAUUGCAAUCUAAAAGAGCAAAUUUGAGUACCGAGAAAGCCGACAAGAAUGCCCUGGAACGCAUCGGUAAUGCCUGUGGCAAACUAUUGAAAGCAAUGCUCCUGUCAAGUUUGAGUAAUCAAAGAAUCAUUUCGCAGGGCGAACAUGACAUUAGUGCGUGUAUGGGUGCCCUUUCGGAUUGUCCUUUGGGAAGCGUUGGUGCACAUGUCAUUUUUACAGCCUUGAUGGGUGUGCUUCAAUGGUGCGAAAUUGUACCAGAGGAUGAGAAUAUGCCACGAUCACGAACGGUUGACGACGAUCACAAGUGUGAAGUUGCCAGCAGAUUGGGUCGCAAUUUGAUCAUGAGUGAAUUUCACGAUGUUGUGGCUCCAAUGCUGCUGAGUCGAACGGUCUUUUGUGGCGAGCGCACUAUGAGUUUGGAACAAAGCAACCUACCUUUGUCGUGGGAUCUUCACUGGCGAUAUGGGCUCGUCAUAUUUGCCUGGGUAUCCACCAUUGCUGGUCCCGAAGGUGUCAUUGCCUCCAAGUCCUUGGGUUCCCUUCUUUUGGCAUCGUCACUAGCAGGAUCUUUGAAGGGGGCAUUGGCGAAUGCGGACAAGGAUCUUGUGACAAAUCUUCUCAUGCCACCUCCAGCAAUGGCACUGACUGUUGCUGCAAUGACACGGAGAAAUGAAUGGUCCUAUACCGAUCUUCUUGCUGACAGACUUCAAAUCAUGAUGCCCAUGCUGCCUGGUCUUGUUGUUUCCAUUGUUUCUCAUCCAUCCGAUGUUGUCAAGGACGAGGCACUGCUGGAUAUUGAGCCCAACGCAUUGGAUGUGCUGGCAGAAAUUAUCACUGCAGUUGGCGGAUCCUUUUAUCGUGUCUUUGGUGGAAUGACGCAUCAGGCAGUUGGUGGAUCACGAAACAAGAAGCAAUCUCGCCUGGUGGACUCCACUGCGGUGCAAGCCGCCAAGCAUUACAUUCCUCACCUUAUCACAGUUGCAGUCAUUCUGGAAAAUCAUAUCCUACUCCGUGAUGACUCAGAAGAUGAACAUGUGAUCAUUCUCAAGGUUCCUGCCAUGGUCCAACGGCAAGCCGAUGAUGGAUCGUGGGUCGAGGUGUCUUCCACUAUGAUGGAUGGUAUUCUGAGCGAAGGCGGUGUUCAAGUUCCAGAAGGUGGAAGUACUUUGGAAUACUUGAAGGCUUGUCAAAAGAGCGCAUUGACCGCUGUCUCUGAGUUAAUGAGCAAUGCAAUGCGGUCGGGUGGAGGAGAAGCUUCAACGAUGCUCUGGAGGAGUGCUCUCAUGACACUCGAAGACUCGCGAAGUUAUGCAGCAGACUCCGUCGAUUUCAAGGACAGGAGGGCACUAGACAAGACGGCUCAUAAUAUCCUCUGCCGACUGUGCGCUAUGGUCCUUGUCAAAUGUCUGAAGCGAGACUAUCAAUGGGAAGUAUGGUCAUCAAGCUUGAGUUCUGCGGUUUCAAGGCUUUGUAUGCUGAUCGAAGAGCGGGAACUGCUGCUGACUCCAAUGGGCAACGAAAAGAUAUAUACCAAGGACCAGGUCCUUUUGCUAUGCGCGCUUUUGAAUAUUCUGACUUACGGCCGCGACACAACUGGAUGGUGUCAGCUUAUCCUUCCAACACCGCCUCUCGAAGCUGGCACACAAGGGAAGAAUCCGGAAAUAGAGUUGCGCGACCGUGGUGAUUCGGCACCUGCUGCUUCCAAGCUCCUGCUUCCGGUAUUGCAACCAGCAUUACGCUCUAUUCUUGGAAGUAUUGGUGUCCAAAAAUCAGAAGUGCAAAUCAAUAUUCCAAAAGCGUCGAAACCAAAGACACAAUCCAGUGGUAAACAUGUUUCCGUCUAUGAAGUUGAAAACGUAGUCAAGCUGUUGGAUCAUAUUGUAUCAGAGCUGAAAGAAACGCUGACCGCAGCAAUUGUGGGGAUGUCGUUUGCAAACUCUCGCGACGUUGGUCUAUACGCACUGGCAACGCUACGGCGUGCGAUGGGCAACUACAAGAAUGCAAAUGAUGACUAUGGUUUGGAGGUGUGCAACACUCUGUUUGGAACUAUUGCGGAGGAGAUGCGAGUGCGAUACGAAGGGGAGCGCCGUCGUCGUGAGACAGCAUUGUUUGAUGCUUAUGACGACGACGACGAGGCUCGGGUUGAUGCCGCAGCUGGUUCACAAACCGUGGAACGAAUGAUGCUCGGUGGAGCCAUCGCGAAAAUCAAAGGAACUGUCGAAGAAGUCGAUUUCCUCUCUUCAGAAGAGAAGAGACGAACUGAAGACGAUUUUGUCCUUUUUGAUGACAGUUUUGGAGCUGCGAAAGAAACUCAUUACCUCCCUCGGAUGAAGUGGAAGCACUACGAAGGUCUUGGUGACGCGCUAGAGGAAUCUUUGCCUGAACCAUCCAAGAAGAAGGAAGAUGUGGGAAAAGAUGUGCCUAUUGGUCCCGUUUUGACUGCAAUGACCCCGUUUUUAGAUUCGUGGGAUGAAUUUGCUGCUGUGGAAGCAGCAGAGUCAGAGUUGGUCAAACUUUUUGAUUUCAGUCUCGAUUCUGCUGGUGGAAUGAACCGUGAAGACGAAAGGGAGAUGCAAUAUAGACUUCAAGCUACUGAAACUGCAGCUGAUUCCAUGUCGACUUUUAUCGAGCUUGCGGCAGCAGAGAAAUCGAGAUUGGCAGAAGUCACCACUUCGUUCCUUCCAAAUCAUCGUUCCAGCACAUCUUCGUACGCCGAAAGAUUCUGCUGGGCCCGGUAUCUUGAGAUUGCACAGAGCGAUAUGAUGAAUGAGAUCUGGGAAAGGGGUGUUGCUGAUGGCAAUCGAGAUGUACGAAGUCGACUAGUUACAAUACCAUGCAAUCCUCAGUUCCGUCGACACAUCCCCAAAUAUCUAGAUCACAGCACAGAUUCUCGUGACAACAGUUCAGCUGGCCAAGGAGACGACGAAUUGCAAGAAAUUGAUGCAUUUACCAAAACUUUGCUCAAUUCUGGUCAUUUGCAAAUUGUUGACAUCACGAAGAAGGAAGUCAACGAGGAUGAGCAACCAGAAUUGAUCUUCCAAAGCGGAAACUUGGAUGACGAUUUCGGCGAGAGGCCGAUGGAAGCUCCAACCGCCCCUUCGGAUAAAAGCGAUGCUAACUCUGACGCCACAAGUACGGCAGAUGCCACAGCAACAACAGAUUCAUCUGCAACAAAUGAGGAAGAGCAAGUCCCAUUUGACAAGAGCAAGAUUGGAUCUUCACAUUACAACAUCACUGCUAGUGCUUUUGCCAGUCCACCAGACAACUCGUCGUCAACGCUCAGCUUAAUGCACUCUGCUGCUGCAGGAUUGAUUGAAAAGCACUUGGAGAACUGUCUGCAUGUAAAGGCAGAGGGAAGCCGCAAGUGUUCUCUCCUCCUCACUGCAACUCACUUGAUUCUUGAAUACGAUAUUGACAGCGAUGGUCUCUUUGAGGGUGAAAUGAUGGCUGUGAGAGAAGAAGCAGAGCGACAACGAAUGAGCGAAGAUCCCAAAAAGAACGAUCCAAAUUCCGAAGAAAGAAUUCAGCAGCAGAUCGAAAGGAGACAACGAGAAGCCGCAUCACUUCGUCCGAAGUCCAUUCGAUGGAAUCUUUCUGAGUUGUCUCAUGUCUACCUUCGAAGGUACCGAUUAAGGGAUUCUUCGAUUGAGAUGUUUUUCAUCCCGUCAGGAGGAACUUCUUUUGGGGGAUAUGGUUUGUUUUCACCAUCCACAUCGUUAUUCAUCGAUUUUGGUCCAGGUUACGAGGGCGUGACCCGUCGGGACGACGCUGCCUUCGCGAUCAUGAGAAGAGCACCUCCUCAGGCCAUCAAGCAAUGGCCGGACCGAAGUGCUCAAUUCCUUCACGAGCAACUGAGUCGAUUGACUAUGGGUUGGGUCGAGGGUCGAAUCACCAACUUUGAUUACUUACUGCACUUGAACAUGCUGGCAGGACGCAGUUACAAUGAUAUUUGCCAGUACCCUGUCAUGCCAUGGGUUCUUUCCAAUUACUCGUCUGAAGAAAUUCCAGAUCUCUGCGAUCCUGCGAACUUCCGAGACAUGAAAAAGCCUAUGGGUGCCUUGAAUCCUGAUCGACUUCAGGAUUUCAUUGAUAGGUUCAAUACAUUUGCCGAUCCAUCAAUUCCUCCAUUCAUGUAUGGAAGUCACUACUCCACAAUGGCUGGAGUUGUUCUGCACUUCUUGGUUCGUAUGCAUCCAUACGCAAGCCUUCACCGUCAAUUGCAAGGGGGAAACUUCGAUGUAGCCGAUCGCCUUUUCUCUUCCGUACCACGAACAUGGGAAAUGUGCACCGGAACAUCAGCUGCUGAAGUCAAGGAAUUGACGCCUGAGUGGUAUUGCAGUCCUGGUUUUUUGAAGAAUGGAAAUAAGUUCAAGCUUGGGACCUCGCAAGAUGGUGAAGUCCUUGGGGAUGUAGUCUUGCCACCAUGGGCAAAGGGAUCGCCAGAAACGUUCAUUGAGGUCAUGCGCAAUGCGUUGGAGAGUGACAUCUGCUCCCAAAUGCUUCCAGAUUGGAUUGAUCUGAUUUUCGGUCGGAAGCAGCAAGGGCCGGAGGCCAUUGCAGCGCACAAUGUUUUCUUCUAUCUCACAUAUUAUGGGUCUGUUGAUGUUGCUGCGAUUGAGGAUGAAGGCCUACGGCAAGCUACUGAGUUGCAAAUUGCUCAUUUUGGCCAGUGUCCAAUGCAGCUUUUUGUACGUCCACACGUCCGUCGAAUUCAAAAUUACAACAAGCGAGUUUCCUUUUACCAGAUUACAAGCGCUUACACACAUGGCGCCAAUCGGCAAGCCGGAGAAGAACAAAAGCACAAUGACAGCAGUGACAAGGGAAUGAACCAAGUCUUUGGUCAACCGCUGUAUCUACCAUUUUUCUCCGCUCCCAUGUCACAUUGGGUCCAUCUGGAUGCACCGCCACCAGGACCACAUGCACCGUUGAUUAGUGUCAGGCUUGCAGGGACGGAUCGAUGCCUUGCCGUCGAUGCUCAGGGUGUCUUUCACUGCUUCCGAUGGGCUUGGAAGGCUGAGGCUACAACUGAAGUCCCGGCGCUGAAUGGUUCCGGAGGAUUUCCAAUGGAUAAUGGAUGUUUCAUUGCGCAACGAGAACUCCCUCGAUUCCGAACUCUUCCAAGGUUAGUCCACAGGUCUCGUGAAGCAGAGCCACCAGCAGUGGCCAUAUCAAAGACACUUUUCGCUGGGCGGUCUGUGCUUCUUGUCCUUUCCGAUGGCGACGGACGUGGUGGCUUGGCUAUGCAACUCGUGGACCCAGCAAAGGGAUCUGUUCGAGGUGAAGCAGUUGUGCAAGCCAUUCAUUCAGCACAAAUUACUUGUAUCGCAACAGAUCCUAUCGGAACAGCUGCCGGUCAUGGCGGUGUCGGGGGAGAGCUUGCAAUUGUUGGCAGCUAUGAUGGUCGGGCAUCGAUUUGGCGAUUUAUGUCGAGUCACUAUCUACCACUUCGACCGCGUGUUCAAAUGGCUGGCCAUGGAGGUGCGGCGAUUCAUGCAGUUGGCUUGAGCGCAGCGAUCAACAUUGCUGCAACUUGUUCGAGCAACCGCCUGUGCUUGCACUCGGUUGGAAAUGGAAACUUGGUCCGUACCAUUCAGCCUCCACAGAAUGUGUUGGACUUACCAGCUGAAACCCAAGGCGUCACACGCUUUGCUGAUUGCCCUGCUCUAGCAAUCAGUGUCCAUGGCUUCGUUGUGGCCGUGUGCGAAACAAAAACCAAGAGCCCAGCUUCUCCACUUGCAAACCGAAGCAUCAUCACCUUGCAUCUAUUUUCUUUGGAAGGCGUCUCUCUUGGAACCAAGCCAUUGGAAAGCUGGCGAGGUCGUCCAAAUAAAAUGUACUGUACUCCGGAUGGAACUGCCGUCUUGGUGUGUUCUGGCCGCGGAGUGACGAUACACCGACUCUCUGCUGUAACCCCAUUGGAGUUUAUCGACGAAUGGCACAUUACGGAACAAGAAGAACUCUCCAAGAACCUUGCUCAAGCUUAUGAUAUUGAUUUGGGACCAUCCCUGAAUCGUCCCGUUGUGGCAGCAGCCGCAACUUCGAAUGGCGUUCUUCGGUUGCAUGCCUUGUCUGGAAUAUCGUCUUACAGCGAUCGACACAAGAAAUUAGGCGUCGUUCAAGGUGUUGGCAACGUCUUGGCCAUGCCUGCCAAACGUUUGAAGAAUGUUGUCGGCCGCGGUCUUGGCAUUGGUUCCAAGGUGGUUGGAGUUGGCAAGGAUGUCGGAAAGGAAGUCCAAAGUGACAUUAAAGAAAAGGGUGUUGGAGGCUUCUUGGGCAACAUGUUUGGCAAGAAAUAA